AUGGUUUCACAAAUUUGCCACACACCAUCAUGGUUCAAGUACGAAAGAGGUCUGAUCAAUGAAGAACAAGUAUACAAAGCGGUUGUUCCUGAAAUGAACAACAAAUACAGUUCAGAAACGAUCAAAAAAGUGAUCGAAACAGGUCGUUCUGCAUUGGCGAUACAAACAGCAUUGAUGGAAUUUCUGCAGAUACUUUCAAAAUCCAAACGUUAUCGUCUUUUUGCUAUGUCCAACAUUUCCGAACCCGAUUAUGCAUUUGUUCAGUCUCGCUUCGGUUCUACUAUUAACAUGUUGUUUGAACGAAUCUUUCCAUCGUAUGCUUCUCGUGAUCGUAAGCCAAAUUUAUCUUUUUUUCAGCAUGUACUCACUCAAAUCGAUGUGUUUCCCAGUCAAACAUUAUUAAUCGAUGAUGAGAUCGAUAAUAUUAUUGCGGCUCGAUCAUUAGGCAUACAAGGUUUUCUUUUUAAAGAGAAAUAUAUUGAUAAAAACCUUCGCUGCUUGUUCAAUAUGUGUCAAGAUGAUCCAUGCAACUCAGGGAUAGCAUAUUUACAACGACAUGCUGGUCAACAUUUCUCAAUUACAAGCGAAGGCAAUGAAAUAAAGGAGAAUCUUUCACAAUUAUUAAUACUUGAAGCAAUGCGUGAUGCAAGUUUGGUUAGCUAUGUUGCACAUACUCGACUUUUCAAUUUUUUUCAGGAUGAAUCAAUGGCAUUGAACUUUCCUUGUGACAUUGAUACGACAUCGAUUGGUUUGACAGUAGUGGACAAUAUAUCCUCGUCAGUUAUUCAUAAUGUCCUCGAUCAAAUAUUAUCCACCUGUUUGAGUGACGACGGAAUCAUACAAGUUUAUUUUGAUUCCCAUCAUCCACGAGUAGAUCCUGUUGUUUGUGUUAAUGCUCUCUCUCUAUUCUAUACUCAUGGUCGUGGACAUGAAGUUCAUCGUACUGAACAAUGGGUGUAUGAUGUAUUGGUUCAUCGAGCUUACAAACAAGGAACACGGUACUAUAAUACCGCCGAAUGUUUUCUCUUCUUUUUAGCUCGUCUUCUCAAACGUGCACCUGUAGUACGAGAGAAAAUGAUAUCAGUUCUAUGGGCACGAAUAGAAGAACGAUUAGCAAACCAUGAAACCGAUCCACUCGUUAUUGCCUUGCGACUUGUAGCUGCCGAUGCCAUUGGUAUGACUGAAAAAACGACACCUCGCAUAGCAAUCGAUCUUGAACAAUUAUGUAUGCUUCAAGAAGCAGAUGGAUCAUGGAAUGGUGGACCGUUCUUGAAGUAUGGAUCACAUAAUAUAUCGAUGAGCAAUCGAGGAUUAACCACUGCCUUAGCUGUCAAUGCUAUUCGUGCUUAUCGACAAUAG